AUGAAAUCUUCGCUCAUCCUUCGGGAGGACCCGAAACCCCCAAUUCUCAAGACCAAAAUUUCCCUAACCAUCAUCAGCCUCCACUUCUCCUCCGCCGAGAUCGCCGUUGGUAAUCGCCAAAAGCUCUCCAUCAACUUCGAAGUCGGGCUCGGGUCGGACCCGCUGCUUAAGUUUAGCUACAGGCCGAAUGACCCCCGCUACCUAUUUGACAAGUCCUUGAAGACCGAAGUUGGGAUAUUUGGUUCCGUGACGGUGGAAUUCGGCUCCGUCGGCGGCGGAAACCCGAAUUUCUUCUUCACUUCAAGUCCAAAUCAUGAGAUUUUUCCGUUUGGAGAUGUGUCAAGCGCCACCCUGCCGGAAAAAAAAUUGUCGAAGCUGGGAAACGUUUUUGUUUGCAUGAUGGGAUUUUGCAUCUGCCCGUUGGAUAAGCCGGCUCCGGUGCUCGAGCUUCUUCUGCCAGAAUCGCACCAGAUUUACAUCGAACUACAGAGAUGCUGUUGGACACAGGCUGUUAAAACAAUUCUUCUGGAGAUUCCGUCCCUUGGAAAACAGGUAUCUGCGGCUGCAGGCUACUCAAAGUUUGUAAGCAGUGAAAUGAGCAAAGCUGAAGCAUUGCUAAAGGGAUUAUGUCUUCCACUGAGCUGGCAGAUACAUACUGUGCCCUGUUGCCUGAGGGUACACCUCCUGAGUUCCAAAGGAUUUUGGAUCUAA